GGUGAAUACAAAUUUAAAUGAAAUGUGAGAUGUGGAUUCUGGAUACCAUUGAAGGAUGUACGUUUAAAUAGCAUGUCAGAAGCUACAUUCAGCUGUGCAAACUGUACAUAUUCCACCAACACCAAAGCAAAACUCCGAUCACAUCUCGUGAUCCAUUCUGAACCACAGUACCCAUGCACUCAGUGCGAUUACAAGGGAAAACGUAAAGCAGACUUAAUGCAGCAUCUCAAGAAAAACCACGCUGAUACGCCAGGUAGUGUAUCACGCGGAGAGUCGAGCGGUUCGAGUACAGAACCAUUAAGAACACCAUCUCCUUGCACUAGUGAAGACUUACCAUCUAUUAAUCCCCCAGGAUUAAGGAUCAGUGGAGUGUUUAGUGCUUCGGGAUCAGAAACCUCAGAGACACCUGUACUCACUCCGGGUCAUACCCCUACCCCAGAAAAGUCAAGUUCUGUUAGUUCUAGACGCCCCAGCACACCAGAAAGUAUGAUGUCAUCAGCGAGUCAAAAAGACACAGAUGCAUCAAACCCUAUCCCACCUCCUAAUGUCCCACCCACUCAGGGUCUACAGAUUCCUCAUACUCCAGUUGGGAACAAUUACUUGGAGAUUAAACGGGAAGCGACAGUAUUUAGUAUUAAAAAUGAAGUCGGGACAGAAAAGUUGGGCAAUUGUGAUUAUGCAUCAUACCCUGUUAAGACUGAACCUGGUAUAAAACCAUCUAUACCUGGGGCUUUGAACAAGAUCAUACAGGAUUUUAAUGCUACAGGUCCCCCUGACUUAAGUCCCCAGAGUAAUAAUUCCCCAUCUAGUACAGAAAGACUCUCAGGAGCAGCCACACCGACUACCACUAGCGCCCCUGCUCUAGGAGGGCAGGGAAUGUCCCCCAACAUGUGUACAACUUUAAAGGACAUUGAGAGCAUCGUUAAUUCUUCCAUACAGAAUGUUGUUAAUGAAAAUCGUCAGAAUGCUCUACAAACUUCUGGUCUCAUUGAGGGUGGGAAUACUAACAGUAGUAGCGCCCCUUUAAAUGGAUCAGGCUCCACACCCAGUGUACCCCCAGGAUCAAAUAACGACUCAUCAAAUAGUAAACCAAGUGUUGACAAUGAUGAUGAUGAUGACGAGAUCAUUAUAAUGGAUAGUUUUGUUAGUGACACACGAAAGAAACAAAUGCGACAAAUUGCCCCCAAACCAAUGGGACUCACUCAAGGCAGCCCUAGACAAAGGGUUCCUGCCCCAAAUAUGAUGAUGCAGCGGACCCCAGAGAAGGGCCCUAUGGCUAAUGGAAUGAGGCAAAUGUCUCCCGGUUUAGGGGGUCCCAGUCCUCGGAUGAGAUCCCCCGGACAAAUGGGCCAACGGAUGCCUUCACCUGGGAUGAAACGUCCCGGAUCAGAUAUGAUGGGUGGACCGAGACCAAAACAAACAGUUCUAUUUAAUUCUAAUCCUCGUAUCCAAGGCCCUAGAUCUCCAUAUAACAACAGAAUGAUGGGCCCUAGGCCAGGAAGACCUAUGGGUCCAGGGGCUGCUCCAAUGCACCAGGGGGGUGCAGGCCGACCAUUUGAGUAUAAAGAAAUGCCCAGGGAGGUGCUGACAAUGUCCGGUAAAGGGCAAAUCAAAAGUCAUGGACAGGGGACAAUACCACACGGUGGAGCAGACAACUCUUGGAUGUGUGACCACUGUAAGAUAAUGUUCUUUGACCAGGCUAUUUAUCUCAUGCACAAGGGUAUGCAUUCACCAUAUGACCCUUGGCAGUGCAAUCUCUGUGCAACACGCUAUUCGGAUGUAUAUUCAUUUACAUCACAUUUCAUCAAUAGCCACAAUAAGAAAUAAGUCACUUAGAAUCAUAAUAUGUGUAAAUUAGUCUUCAGAUUUAAUUACGCACCUACAGAUAAUACUAGGGGGGGAUCUGACCUCUUACAGAAAGAUAAUUAUGGGGCUGAAAAGGAAUAUCCUGAGACUGAGGUGGGGGGGCUGGGUUCAACUAAUAUAUACGAAACUAAUUUAGCAAUUAGAAGUCAUUCUCUCCUUGUUUCUUCAGUCAUAUUGAUCAUUGGAGAUAUUUUUUAUUUGAAGCUGCUAAAGUGGUCAGCUAUCUCCCCCAAGUUUUUACUCAUGAUAUAUAUAUGAGGAAAUAUUUUUUGAUAGCAGAACUGGCCUAUUCUUUGUUACCUCCUAAUAAGUUGUGUAAAUAUUCGAGACAAUUACACUAAUUUUGUAUAUAUACAGCGUAUACAUCCACUGUAUAGUAUAUGGUAAAUAUUGUAUGUACAUGUGUUCAUGUACUCUUUGUAUUCUGUACAUAUUAUGAUUAGAAAUGUUAGCCUAAUUUGUAAAUCGUUAAAACCAACGUGUUAUGAUCCAUUGACAUCCCUGAUCUUCCUAACACGAUACCGACAAUUUUGAAACCCAGAUGACAACUCAGAAACCAGGCAAUUGAUAAUUGAGAAACUUGGAUGAAAACUCUGUACAUGUACUUUACGGAAUUUUCAUUCUGAAGAUAAAAGUUCAAAACAUUCAGAAUGGGUAAAAUGUAGGAAGUUUGAUACCAAGCAGGGCUCUCACCAGUCUGUGGGAAAUAUUUAAGGUGUGGUAGAAAGAUUUCGGCAUAAUCAAUCGUUUAAUCAUGAUAAAUUGUAUUUAUGUUAUAUUUAUCCUUUUGAAAUGCUAUUAUUGUGUAUUCAGUCAAGUUUAGACAGUGGAAACAAUCAUCAUUGGCCA